UACGGGUCCGUCCCGCACCGACCGAUUACCGUUUUAGGUCAUUUACUAGUGCAUUAUCGUCCAACGCCAUAUAAUUAUUCCGGACUUAGCAUUUAUAAUAACAUAGCUUCCGCCGCCGCCUCUCGCCAAUCGUUUGCACCGCCACCGCCCGUCCACGACUACGACGACGACGACAAAGUACAAACACUACAAACAUUAAUCAUUCAACGUGCUUACAUUUCGUCUUAGAACAUUUGAAUAAAUGCACUAUUGAAGUUUAUUGUUGAAUACAAAAUACUUAGUUAAUUUUAUUGACAUGGAGACUACAUCUACCGUGUCAGAAGAACCUUCUGUUGACAAGAUUACUCAGCCAAGUAAUCAAAAAGAUACGUCAUGCGUGUCCAGUACAGUAACAGAAUCCUUGCCCAAACAGGUAGAUGCUGCUGAUAGCACAUCUGUUGCCACUCAAGCUUCCGAGUUAGAUAUAGCAGAUUCAAAUAAUCCGUCUAAUGAUAAGAAUCGUAAAAAAAAAGACCGUCACUUAGCUCAAGCAUUGAAAACUGUUUUGAAUAGUAUGAAUUCAUUAAAAACACCUGAAGAAAAAUUAGCAGCAUUAUGCAUUAAGUAUGCAGACCUUAUUGAAGACAACAAUAAGCUUAAAACUGCUUAUAAACAAACUGAAAAAAGAGUAUCUCAGGCAUUAACAGAACGUGAUAUAGUUAGAGGUGAAAUGAAUAAAGCAGUUAUGACAAGAAGUCGAUUGGAGAGCUUGUGCAGGGAAUUGCAGAAACAAAAUAAAGCAAUAAGAGAAGAGAGUCUGAAACGUGUCAAAGAAGCUGAAGAUAAACGUAUUGAAAUGACAAAUAAAUUUCAAAACACAUUAAGUGAAAUAGCUUCAGUGAUGCAACAAAACAGUGAGAAAAACAACAAGCUUCGAGAUGAUAAUAUGGAUAUGUCUUCUAGGCUUAAGAAUGUGUGUGAACAGUAUGAGCUUAGAGAACAGGUAAAUGGCGCUCAAGUAGUUAAGUUAGCUAAACAAAUUGAGCUUGAGACCCAAUUAUGUGAUGCUAAGUUGGCCAAAGCAAAUAUGGAAAUCAGUGUAGAACGAGAAACUAUUUUAAACGAGAAGACUCAUUUAUUAAAGGAAAUACGACUUUAUCAAACUAGAAUUGAGGAAAUGCAAAAUACUGAAAUUGACUUACGAAACCAAAUUUCUCUAUAUAAUGAAAAAUAUGAAGAAUUUCAAAAUGCUCUAGCACGAAGCAAUAAAGUUUUUGCUGGAUUUAAAGGAGACAUGGAAUUAAUGUCAAAAAAAAUAGUUAAACAAGAAAAAGAGUCUGCUAGUUGGAAAAUGCGUUACGAGCGCUGUCAGCAACUUUUAGAUGAAAUGACUACUGAACGUACAAGAAUGAUAAGUGAUUUAUCUGUAGCGACUCGACAAUUGAGUACCUUACAAAAAUUAUGUCGAACUCUCCACUCUGAACGACAGGCACUUUUAUCUAAGUUGGAACAUGGGAAAAAAAUGCCUGAAUUACCACCAGAUGUAAUAUCCGGAGAAGUGGCUGAACGUUUCACAGAUGUCAACAUGUGUGCAAUGGCGGAAUGGUUUGCACGCACAGAUAAUGCAAAAUCUAAACAUCAGUCCAAAGAAGAGACAUUACAAUCAGUCAUUGAUAACCAAAUGAAAUCAGCCAAGGACUCGGGUGAGCCACCACUUAUAAAUGGAGAAGAUAUGUCACCGGAAUCCCCUUCAUCGACUCAAUCACAUAUAUCGGAUGAACCUGCCUAUGAUACUGGUGUAAGCAGUAGUUCGUCAGUUAAUGGAGAUAAAGUAGAAUGCAUUGUAGAAAAUAAUGUUGAAAAUAAGUCAGUUAAUGAACAAGAGUCUAAAAAGGCUGACAUUAAAAAAGCCAAGGAAACUCAAUCGAAACGGAAGGCUAAGAAAACGUAGUAAUUUUUGCCUUUGCUUAACAUGUAGUAGUUCACUAAUACUAAAUUUAUGAGUUGAAACUGCCAACUGUAUUUAUGAAACAGUGGAUGUUUCUUAUAAGCAAAAUUUUUAUUAUCGUUUUAUUUUCAAGUCAUUAUUUAUCUAAAGAUUAUUAUCU